GCCAAGCGGGGUGGCCCGCCAGACCAGGAGGCGGGCCUAGGGGGAAGGGCGUUCGGCGGGCGAGCUGCGGCUGCCGGCGGCGGGGACUCCCAGCACCUUGACCCUGGCGCGAGGCGGCGUCGCGCACGCUUACAGGUGCCCGCGCGGGGCCGCGGCUCGGGCGUCCUCCCGUUGGCCGAGCAGGAGGAGGGGGCCGUGUCGGCGUCCAGCCCCUCGCGCCCAGGAUGGACGUGCCGGCCCGGGUGUCCCGACGAGCGGCGGCGGCGGCGGCCAGGAUGCUUCUGCGUACGGCCCGCGUCCCUCGUGAGUGCUGGUUCCUGCCGACCGCGUUGCUCUGCGCCUACGGCUUCUUCGCUAACCUCCGGCCGUCGGAGCCCUUCCUCACGCCCUACCUGCUGGGGCCCGACAAGAACUUGACCGAGAGACAGGUCUUCAAUGAAAUUUAUCCAGUGUGGACAUACUCUUACCUGCUGCUGCUCUUUCCCGUGUUCCUCGCCACGGACUACCUCCGUUACAAGCCUGUCAUUCUGCUGCAGGGACUCAGCCUUAUUGUUACAUGGUUCAUGCUGCUCUACGCCCAAGGACUGCUGGCCAUCCAGUUCUUGGAAUUCUUCUAUGGCAUUGCCACAGCCACCGAAAUUGCCUACUACUCCUACAUCUACACCGUGGUCGACCUGGGCAUGUACCAGAAAGUCACGAGUUACUGUAGAAGUGCCACCUUGGUGGGCUUUACAGUGGGCUCUGUCCUAGGGCAGAUCCUCGUCUCCGUGGUGGGCUGGUCACUGUUCAGCUUGAAUGUCAUCUCCCUCACCUGCGUGUCUGUGGCUUUUGCUGUGGCCUGGUUUCUGCCUAUGCCGCAGAAGAGCCUCUUCUUUCACCACAUCCCUUCCUCCUGUCAUGGAGUGAACGGCCUCAAGGUACAAAACGGUGGCAUCGUUACUGAUACCCCAGCAUCUAACCAUCUUCCUGGAUGGGAGGACAUUGAGUCAAAAAUCCCUCUAAAUUUAGACGAGCCUCCGGUGGAAGAACCGGAGGAGCCCAAGCCAGACCGGCUGCGGGUGUUCAAAGUCCUGUGGAAUGACUUCUUGAUGUGUUACUCCUCCCGCCCUCUGCUCUGCUGGUCUGUGUGGUGGGCCCUGUCCACCUGCGGCUAUUUCCAAGUGGUGAACUACGCACAGGGAUUGUGGGAGAAGGUGAUGCCUUCUCAGAAUGCUGACAUCUACAAUGGCGGUGUGGAGGCCGUUUCAACCUUGCUGGGUGCGAGUGCUGUGUUCGCAGUUGGUUAUAUAAAGCUAUCUUGGUCAACUUGGGGAGAAAUGAUGUUAUUCCUGUGUUCCCUCCUGAUCGCCGCUGCGGUGUAUGUUAUGGACACUGUGGAGAGCAUUUGGGUGUGCUAUGCAUCCUAUGUCGUCUUCAGAAUCAUCUACAUGGUACUCAUCACCAUAGCAACUUUUCAGAUUGCUGCGAACCUCAGCAUGGAGCGCUACGCCCUUGUGUUUGGUGUGAACACCUUCAUUGCCCUGGCAUUGCAGACUCUGCUCACUCUGAUCGUGGUAGAUGCCAGGGGCCUUGGCUUAUGUAUUACUACUCAGUUCCUGAUUUACGCCAGUUACUUUGCAGCCAUCUCUGUGGUUUUCCUGGCUAAUGGCAUAGUCAGUAUUAUAAAGAAAUGCAGAAAGCAGGAAGAUCCCAGCUCCAGCCCUCAGGCAGCUGCUUCCUAACAUGCUCUCGAAAUGCUGCUGCUUCCAAGCAAGGAUUCUGCACAGUAACCGCUCGGAUGUAUUUAAACUCUUUAUGGUUCAGAUAACUAUUUAUGAAUGUGUAUUUCAUGGCUUCAAAACAGCUAAGAAUGACCUUUUUCUAAUGAAAAAAAAAAAAAAACUCCACAAAACUUGAUUUUGGAAAACCGA